UGAGCUUGUAUCUGUCGCAGCGCGUCAACUCAACAUUCAGUCUUAAACGAAAGCUUACGCGUUGUAGUGCGUUUUUUUGCAUAGCACGCUUAGUGAAAUAUAUAAGUUAUAAAUAAUUUUUAAAGGACUUUGCUCUAAGGAUACUCCAUAUAAGCUGUAAUAAAUUGAAAAAAAAAAUAGUGAAAAUGUUUAAGAUUUUAUUAAGUGCAACACUGUGUGUGGCCAUGUUUGGCUCAUUGGCUCAUGCACAAUGUCAACAACCCAACGGUACACAAGCGGUCUCGGGCUCAUGUGAUGCCUACAUCGAAUGCAGGAAUGGUGUGGCCGAAGAGAAAAUCUGUCCCGACGGUCUGCUGUACAAUCCCAAAUCUUCUGGUUAUCCCUGCGGCUACCCCAUCGAUGUAGAGUGCUCACAGGGCCAAGCACGCAUACAGCCAGCGCAACCAACUGACGAGUGCCCACAUCAAUUCGGUUACUAUGGCAUGGGUGAUUCACACAAUUGUGGUAAAUUUAAGAAUUGCGCUUCCGGUCGUGGCUUCGUCUUCGACUGUCCCGACGGUUUGGCUUGGAAUAAGGAAACCUACAAAUGCGAUUGGCCCGAUCAAGUAGCCGACUGUGAUGCCGAGGCUUUCUUGGGCUUCAAGUGCCCACCACCAAAACCAUCACCACGUGGCGAAUUUAUCGGUGAACCCGAACAAGAAUACGAAUUCUACCCAUCCAGCGAUAAUUGUCAAGUGUAUUUCAUCUGUAUCGAGGGUCGUCCACGUCGCAUUGGUUGUGAUGAAGCCAGCGCUUUCAAUCCCGAAACUCAAUCUUGUGAUGAUAUCGACAAUGUGCCCACUUGCAGCGCAGAAAUCAAACAACGUGGUCAGGAGAUUAAGAAUGCGCGUCUCUCAGCGAAGACAGCUGCAGCAGCGAAGAGGAGAAUCUAAGAAGGAAAACUGAGAAAACACUUAUUUUAAUAUAUUUUUUCAUUGUUUUUGUAAUACUCUAGUCCAUAGUGAAAAAAUACGAUGAUUCUGUUCGACUACAUUUGUAUGAAAAUUUUUUCAAUAAAAGCGAAAUGAAAAAUACAAAAAUAGUUCGUAAUCUUAAAGAUCCUUGCAUCAUUAGACCCGAUAAAAUAUAUUUUAGAAGCUUAGGUAUAAUAUAUGUCUGUCCAAAAACAUCUACCCUGAGAAAUGUACUAUGCGUCCACUCAAAAACAAAAGCGAUAUCUAACUAUCGAUAUUUGUGAAUCUAAUUUUACUAAAUUACUAUACCUCUUUUCCACCAAUAAACAGCUCACGCCGCCGCCCGCUCUUGCCCCGAACCGAACGGUCGCUUCGCCGAUGAUGAACAAUGUGAUGCC